GAUGCUUUAAUUCUUGCUUUACAGAUGAGACAUGACAAAAUAGUAGAGUUACUUUUCACCGCCGGAGUUGAGAUAAAUCAUGUAACCAAUAGGGGAUCGGAUGCUUUAAUGAUUGCAUCAAGAAAUGGAAAUGACAAAUUAGUAGAGUUACUUAUCAACGGCGGAGCUGAUUUUAAAAAAGUGGAUAUAGAUGGACAGGAUGCUUUAAUGCUUGCUUCACAAUAUGGACAUGACAAACUAGUAGAGUUACUUAUAACCGCCGGGGCUGAUAUUCAACGAGUUAAAUCAGAUGGACAGGAUGCUUUAAUGAUUGCAUCAAAAAAAGGACAUGAAAAAGUAGUAGAGUUGCUUAUCAACAGCGGAGCUCAUAUUAAUCGUGUGGAUACAGAUGGAAGGGAUGCUUUAAUGCGCGCAUCAAAAAAAGGACAUGAAAAAGUAGUAGAGUUGCUUAUCAACAGCGGUGCUGAUUUUAAAAGAGUGAAUAGAGAUGGACGGGAUGCUUUAAUGAUUGCAUCAAACAAUGGACAUGAAAAAGUAGUAGAGUUACUUAUCAACAGCGGAGCUGAUAUUAAUCGUGUGGAUAAAGGUGGAUGGGAUUCUUUAAUGCUCGCUUUACGGAUGAGACAUGACAAAGUAGUAGAGUUACUUUUCACCGCCGGAGUUGAGAUAAAUCAUGUAACCAAUAGGGGAUCGGAUGCUUUAAUGAUUGCUUUAAGAAAUGGAAAUGACAAAAUAGUUGAGUUACUUAUCAACGGCGGAGCUGAUAUUAAACGUGUGGAUAAAGAUGGAUGGAAUGCUUUAAUGAUUGCAUCAAGAAAUGGAAAUGACAAAAUAUUAGAGUUACUUAUCAACGGCGGAGCUCAUAUUAAUCGUGUGGAUACAGAUGGACGGGAUGCUCUAAUGCGCGCAUCAAAAAAAGGACAAGAAAAAGUAGUAGAGUUGCUUAUCAACAGCGGUGCUGAUUUUAAAAGAGUGGAUAUAUAUGGGCAGGAUGCUUUAAUGCUUGCUUCAAUAAAAGGACAUGAAAAAGUAGUAGAGUUGCUUAUCAACAGCGGUGCUGAUUUUAAAAGAGUGGAUACAGAUGGACGGGAUGCUUUAAUGCGCGCAUCAAAAAAAGGACAUGAAAAAGUAGUAAAGUUGCUUAUCAACAGCGGUGCUGAUUUUAAAAGAGUGGAUACAGAUGGACGGGAUGCUUUAAUGCUUGCUUCAAUAAAAGGUCAUGAUAACGUUUUACCAUUAUUGCUAAAAGAAGUUCUUCUAAUGCAAGAAAAUGAAAAAUCAAGCGAUUUAAGUCCAAUACCAUUUAAUAGAAAUAAUAUUAUCGCAAUUUAUUUAUUAGAUAUAUUAUUUCAAGCUUUUGAAAACGAACUCUAUAAUACAAUGGAACAAAUUUCUAUUUUUGUCAACGAAAAUUGUAGUGCACUGAAUUUUAAAUUCCAGUUAAAACGUUUUUGUGAAUUAAUUUUACAAGCAUUAAAACAAGAUCUACAAAAUGACACCAAAACACAACUGAGCGACUCAACAGUCGGUGAACUAUACAAUAUAGAAUUCAAGAAUUUUAAGAAGUCCAUCGAUUGUUAUGUGAAGAUUGUAGUUCUCACUCACAAUGAACAGAGACCAAGCUAUGAUGAUUUACAGGAAUUUGUUUCUGAUGUUAUGUUAGAGUUUUCUAACAUGAGAGACUUUGACGCGUUACAUUUCUUCAUAUGUCAGAGGUGUUUGAAGACAAUUUACUCUACUCUAAAUGCUGAAGAUAAACUGAAGUUUUUCACACUACUCUUAGAUCUUAACUAUGCGGAUAUUACAUUGAGAUGCUUAAAAGAUGAAAAUCUUCUGGAUACAACAGCACCUGGUUUUACUUUGUCUUUAAUUCGAGACAUGCUGACGCUGUUGAAAAAGGGUAGUAAUGAAAGUACAGAGUUUGCUUUGAUUUUGGCCGAGAUGGACGCUGUAAAGAUAUUUACAGAUUUCCUCAUCUCUCAUAAAAACGUGCAGAACUCCCAAUCUAAUUGGAUCAUUAGUGGAGUUGUCAACAUUUUAUUUAACAUUGCCAGAAGGAAGGAAGCGAAGAAAUUUUUCUCAGUAAGCAACCCAUACAAUGUAAUUAAAAGCAUGGAGUUUAAAGAAGAACACAUAUCAAUGAUUGCAACACUUCUGCUAGUGCUUAUAGAAGACGAUUCUACCACAGACACGGAGGCAGAAACUUUGGCUGUUCAGUUGCUUCCACUGUAUCCAGAACUAACAGAAGAUAUAUCAGAUGAUGAUAAUCCUGAUGACCUAAUAUUGAUGACGCAAUGUUUGAGAAGAUUAUGUAGGAAUAAAGAGGGAAGUGAGAAAAUCAUCACAGACAAAUACUUAAAUGGCAUAUUAAAACAUUUAAUAAACAGCCAUAAUGAGGAUCUUUCUGCUAACGUACAUUCGAUACUUUGGAGAGCAGGGCGUACAACAGGAAUAUUGCCAUCUACAACAGAUAUUGUGCUGUCUGAUGAGUUCCCCAAGAGAUUUGAAAUUAAACCAAUGUCGUUAGGUCAAGGAGGUUUUGGUAGCGUCCAUCUUGUUGUCGAUAUAGACCAACCAGAUGAUGAAAGAUUUGUUGCAAAGAAAACAAUCGCAGGCCCAAAGAACCAAAAGAAGUUAAUGGAGGGCUUACAAUCGGAGGCUUCAAUUUUAAUUAAACUGAAACACAAAAAUAUCGUCCAGUUUCAUGGGUAUCAAAGGAAAGAAAAUGAUAUAAUCUUAUUUUUGGAGUACAUAAAAAUGGGCACCCUCUCCACGUUCAUCAAACAACACACAAGACUCAAUGAAGGUUUGACCAGACAGUUUACAAUUCAAAUACUGGAAGGCGUGAAGUACCUACAUGAAAACAACAUCUUGCAUUUGGACAUCAAAGGUACUAAUAUUCUAAUGGUGGAUGAAUCAAGCAUUAAACUUACUGACUUUGGCCUGUCAACAAUCUAUAACGAGGAAGAAGGUGUUGAAGCAGAAAGAGGCACAACUCGAUAUAUGGCUCCUGAGAUGAUUAACUGCCCUGAUGGGAGAAUAUUUAAAGAUGGUUGUAGCUUGGACAUUUGGAGUGUGGGAAGUACAGUUGUAGAGAUGAUAACUGGAUCACCACCAAACUCAACAACAACAAAUUCAGCCAAUGUAAAUUUUAAAAUCGCUAUGCUGCAGAGACCAAAGUAUGAGCUGUCAAUCACAGCGUCAAAAAACCUGGGAGAUUUUUUAGAAAAGACAUUUACACCUGAGGCAGAACAAAGGCCAUCAGCAGAAGAUUUAUUGAGAGAAGACCCUUUUAUAACAGGCGGUUUAUAAAGGUUGGCUCCAUUGUACGAUAUGUGCUUAUUACUACAAAUACUAAUUAACAAUGUUUUUUUAUAACAGUUUGGCCUGUUUGUGGGCAUGUUAAAGUCGUAAAGAUAUUUUUAAAAAUCUUGUGGUAAUCUUUACACAAGAUGAAAGUGUUUAAUAUUUAUAGUAAAUGCAAAUGUGU